AUGCAGAGGGACGAUCGACUAGCACGCAGCAAGGAUUUCCUUGCCAUGAGUAAGACAUUGCUCCUCUCUGGAGAAUUCUCCGACGUCACCAUUACAUGUCGAGGAAAGACAUGGAAACUCCACCAAGCAAUAAUUUGCCCCAGAUCAACGUUUUUUCACAAAGCCUUUCAAGGCAACUUCAAGGAAGCGGCGGCCAAGUCACUUGAUCUGAAGGAAACAGACCCAGAACUCUUUGAUUAUGUUGUCAACUACCUAUACACUGGAGAUUGUGACUGGGCGAGCCUUGGUCGUGACAACACCAACCCCUUCGCCCUCGGUACGCAGCUUUGUAUUGUUGCAGAUUACUUUAGCCUGGACUCCAUGAUUCUUGACAUCUGUACCUACCUAAGGGAAUACUACAGACCUGUAGCAGAAUCCAUCCAGCGCGCUUUCAGAGACGCUAAAAUCGAGCCGCCUCCGUCAAUGGACAAAAUUCAUGGGUUAUUUCUAGAAAAGUACAUUGAGGGAGCGAAGACGGCAUUCGAUAACGACACUCCGGGCUUGAACCCCGUUCGAAGUAUAUUUCUUCGAUUUAUUUCAGAUACUGCAUACUGUGUCCUGAGGGAUCAGACGUUCAUUAGAGCCUUACUGACGUCCGAGGCACUGUCACUAUCUGUUUUUAACCAUAUCUUCGCCGAGGGCUCGACUUUUCUUGACCUGUUGCCCAGCAAUGUGUCUCUGGUUCCCAGGUAUUGCAAUGCAUGUAGUGAGUAUAAUAAGCUUCCUUACACUGUCACCUGGGUCGACCAAAGCCAAAUGCGUGGUCGUUGCUGGGACUGCCAAGAAUUAGUUAUACGUCAGCGGGACCUUUAA